AUGAAACUGAGUGUCAGUGCGUACCGCGCGCACGCGUCCGCGCACAAGAAGAUCCUGACGUCAUCGUACCAGCAACACUAUGGGAGCACCGCGGCGCCGCCCGCGUGCCCGUUGCAGCACAACUUUACACCACAGGCAGAAGAAGGCACAAGUCGUCGCAAUUCCGAGGUCGAGGACAACGAUGGUAGUGAGGUCAACGCGGGGUCAUCCAGGGUGCUCUCCGCUGCCACGUCUAGGGAAGACGAUGAGGACUCUAGCAACAAUGCCAGCAGCGAAAGCAAAAGCCCUGGGCAAAGAACAAAAUCGAACCAAAGAUGGAUGAAGCUUCGAACCACCGUGCAGCUGAGCUCCGCGAUACAAAAGAAGCCGCCGUUGAAAAGGGAAGAUUCGUUCUUGAAGAGGUUUUCGACUAGGCAGACGCCGGCCACGCAGGAAACUGUAGAGGACACAGGGUCAGAAGGAGCGACGGGAGAACACAGAACUACGAACCGGACGAGGAGAAGAAAAGUCAGAGCCCCAAGGACAGUCGUCAAUCCUGACGAGAAUUUCUACUUUUAUUGGCUGUGGCUGAUCACCAUCUUCGUUCUGUAUAACCUGUGGACCCUGAUUGUACGGCAGAGCUUCCCGGAGCUGCAGAUCAUGUGCCACUACUUCUGGCUGACGUGCGACGGGAUCAGCGACGUGGUGUUCGCGCUGGACCUGGUGGUUCAGCUGCGGACGGGCUACCUGGAGCAGGGUUUGAUGGUAUACGACUCGAAGAAGCUGGCCAAGCACUACCUCACCUCGCGGCCGUUUCUGCUGGACAUCGCCUCGCUGACGCCGUUAGACCUGCUGCAGCUCAAGAUCGGCACCAACCCCAUCAUCAGGUUCCCCAGGUUCCUUAAGGUGUACAGAGCGGUGAACUUCUACUACAUCGUGGAGUCGCGGACGGUGUACCCCAACUUCUGGCGGGUCAUCAACCUGAUCCAUAUCCUGCUGAUCCUGGCGCACUGGUUCGGCUGCUUCUACUUCUUGCUGUCGGAGGCUGAGGGCUUCCAGGGUGACUGGGCGUACCCCCACCGUCCUGGUGACUACGCAACCCUCACCAGGAAGUACCUCGGCUCCCUCUACUGGUCGACCCUGACUCUCACCACCAUCGGCGACCUGCCGACUCCAGAAACCAACGCUGAGUGAGUUGUUGUUAGCACACACGGAGGCCCCAAAUUUCUGCCGCGCCGCGGACUCAAGUCGCGCCUACUACAGUUCCGAUCCAACCGAGGAUACGUGUUCACAAUCGUGAGCUACCUGAUCGGCGUGUUCAUAUUCGCGACCAUAGUCGGGCAGGUGGGCAACGUCAUCACGAACAGGAACGCCAACCGGCUGGAGUUCGAACGGCUGUUGGAUGGCGCCAAAACGUACAUGAGACACCAUAAGGUCCCUGGAGGGAUGAAGCGCAGGGUCCUCCGCUGGUACGACUACUCGUGGUCGCGCGGGCGCAUCCAGGGAGGCGGCGACAUCAACACCGCCCUAGGCCUGCUGCCUGACAAGCUGAAGACUGAGCUGGCUUUGCAUGUCAAUUUGAGCGUGCUGAAGAAGGUGACUAUUUUCCAAGAGUGUCAACCAGAGUUCCUUCAUGAUCUAGUAUUAAAAAUGAAAGCCUACAUAUUUACGCCAGGAGACUCAAUAUGUAGGAAAGGGGAAGUGGCCAGGGAGAUGUUCAUAAUAGCAGACGGAAUUCUAGAAGUUAUAUCAGAAACGGGACGAGUUCUGACGACUAUGAAGGCUGGAGACUUCUUCGGGGAAAUAGGAAUACUGAACCUGGAUGGACUUAACAAGCGAACAGCAGACGUGCGAUCUGUAGGGUACUCGGAACUGUUUUCCCUGUCCCGGGAAGAUGUCCUAGCAGCCAUGAAGGACUACCCCGAAGCUCAGGACAUACUCCAGACCCUGGGCAGAAAGAGGCUGCAAGAGGCGAAGAACAUGUCUCGGAAACAUGCGAAAAACCUAAGCCCGGACAAGAUAGCCGGGGACGACAGCGGCCCAAAACGUAUUGUGCAUAAAAUAAGGAGCGAUGUUAAGGGUAUCCGCAACGCGAUCCGUAGUAGGUCCCGAGCUACCCGCCGUUCCGGGGAAUCCCUAGAACUGCAAGCCCUAGCCGGGACCGAAAGGACUGGUACCUCCGACGCCAAGGUCCUCAGGAGGAUGCCGAGAGUUGAGAGUGACGACUCACAACCUCACAACCAUGAGGAUAUCAAUGGGGAAACCACAUCAGGCAGUAAAGAUGGAGAAAAGUGCAUCUCGCCAAUUGGAGCUGGACUACCUUUGCUGUCGCGACUGAAACUGCUCAAAGAAAAACAGGAUCGUGAAGAAAAAGUAGCGAAACAAAGGCAUUCAACAUCUUCUGUCAUAUCUCCACCUCCAGCACAACCCACUCCCUCAACCAGCUCUGCUCCUGACGGAGAAGCAGAAGUCAUAGGAGCUGGCCUUCCUCUCCUUCAAAGAUUAUUACUCCUGAAGGCCAAGGAAGAGAGAGAGAAGAAUCAGCUGACACCAUCAACCAGCAAUCAACCUUCAAGCUCAGAUACCAUCAGCCCCAGUUCAAUAAAAAGUCCCCUAAGUCCAACGAUUAAAACCCUCAGUCCUAUCAGAAAAAGUUCAGAAUCAAGUAGCCCAGGAAAAUUACAUAGUCCCACAACAAAAACUUCCAGGAAGAAUUCGUCUGGCUCUAGCGAUGGUGCUUCUCGACCUAAAGUUAGUUUUAAAGAUAAGAUAUUACAAGUGCAAAGUGACGGCACUGCUGUAUGUCAGCCCCUAAAUAAAGAUGUUAGUGAAAAACCCGCAGCAGUGGUUGAACCCACUCCUAAAACAGAAAGUAACCUAAUAUCUAUUCCUCAUUCAGUAGUAAGCAAAAUUAAAUCACCAGCUAAAGCUGUAGGAUCAACUUUUAGAGAUAAGCUGAAAUUACUUGGAGUUCAAAAAGACAAUGACAGUGCUACAGUAGAACGAAGCAAACCAAUUCCAAUAGAUAAAGCUUCCAUUGAAAUAACACCUUUACAAACCACUGAGAGUAAAGAGGAAGUUAAAACUAAGAAACCUUGGACAAAACUAAAAAAGGCCGCUAUUUUAGGGGAGUCUAAGAGCCAAAGCAAAUCUAGUUUAGAAGAAAAGAAAGAUACCGAAACUAAAGAUGGUAGUGAGGAAUGUAAAACUGAAGCGAUUGUAAAUAUUAGUGUGCCUCUAGUUACUACGGCAGAGCUUGUUAAAAUAGACAAUAAUAAUCUUGAAAGUGAUAGUGAUAACGUUAAGCAAGAUAAACCUAAGAUUUGCUUAACAGGCCCUUUGGAACCCGUCCAAGAAAAGUCUUUAGAUUUAUUAACUUUAUCCCCAAAAAAGAAUAACGCGACGAAAACAGCUGACCCAAAAAAUGUACCAGGAGGAAUGUUGCUACCUAGAGUAAAAAAAUACAGAUCAAUAGACGAUUUAUCGCCCGAAUACGGAGGGCUACCAUUUGUGAAAAAGCUGAAAAUAUUAAAUGAGAGACAAAAAUUGGCUGAACUAGAACAAGUCGUAAAGUUUCGCAGCUCAAGUCUAGACUGUACAAGUUCGUCUGAAGAUUUGCUUUGCGAUACUCUAACUAGGAGCCAUUCUGAAGGUAGCACAAUGUAUAAGAGGAAAUUCAAAAGAAAAUCGAGUGAUGCAAUAGGAUGCCAUGAAUCGAAUGAAACUUUAGAAAGGCGAACCCUGAAGUCUAUUUUGAAGAAGUUAUCAGAAGAUGUGACUCCAAGUGAAAGCCCUGAAAGAACUAAUGAACUACGGAGGUUAAUACGAGCACCUACUUUAGAAGGAUAUGCUGCUAGACAUUCGAAAUUUGCCAAAAGUGUUACGUUUCAUCGGCAUACGUUACCAUCUCCCCCAGGAAGUGCGCCCGUUGAUAGUAAUGCUGAUAUGUUUAGAAUACCGGACGAACCGCAAUUAUCUCCGUUAUCAAUGACAGAUCCGGACAGCGAUUCAGUUUUCCUUGACAAUCCACCCUCAAAGCCACCAAGUGAAACUGUUCCUAGUAAUCAACAAGAAUAUGGAUUAAACAUUAGACCAGAAUAUGAUUUGCCCCAAAAUAUAGACCCAAUGUAUGACCUGAAAUCAUUAAGGCCUGAGGAAAUCAAAGUCCCUUCGGAAAAACCUAAGCUUACUAUAAUAUCAGCCGUGGCUAAUCAAAGAAAACUACUGAGAGGUUCGCUAGAAGAACAAGAGUACUUUGGAGAGGUGUUACUCGGGAUUAAACAAGUCAUACAAGGGCAUCUACAUGAUGUGCAGGGAAAAUUUCAAGAAAGAUUUAACAGCCUAGAAAAUGAAGUAAAAAAGCGCGAUGAGAUAAUAAGCCAGCUGCAAAAAAGAAUUCAAGAGUUGGAAAGAUUGGGUCUCCCAGGGGCUCCUAUUCUGCCUACUGAAGAGGUAUCACCAUUAGCUACCCCGGACACUGUUGUGAGCCAACCAUUGUCUAAAAAUGGUAGCUCUGGCAGCGAAGACAUAUCUGGUGCUGAGGAAGGCUUUAUGAGAGGAGAUUCCCUGGACACAGUUUUUGCCACAUCACCCCCAACAGCAAGUGCAGAUGAGGAAGAAAAAGAAAAUACUGAAGCGAAAGAAACCGAAAUAGAGGAAACUUAUGGACCGGUAGACUUAACAGAUGACAAGUUAUCAGAGUUGACAGGAGGCAUUGAACUAGGGAAGCUUUCAUAUUCAGAAUUGCAAAGCUUAGCUGAAUCUCUGUCGAGUAGACCUGAUAAAACAAGUUCCAGCAAGGAGGAAUGGACGCUAAGUAAAGCAAAGAGGCUAGAUUUAAAUCUAGAUGGGAAGGCGGGAACGUAUUCGCGGAAACGAGCGGCGAAGCUGCGGCAGAGGAAGUCUUGGGAAGACCAGAGUGAUCAAGAGAGCAUGGAGAUGCAGGAUUUGACAAGGCCAAUUUCCCCGCAAAUGACCUCCGAAGACCGCUCCCUCCUCAGCCCAGAGCAGUCCAGUCUCCGCAGCAGCAGGCGCGGCAUCCACCCGUUCCACUUCUUCGGCAGCCACCUCGACACCACCAAGUCGAAGAUCAAGAAGACGCUAUCCGUCGAUACUGGGAUGCAUCACACUGGGAGAAAUGAUAAAAAAUCCAGUGGGCAGCGUCAACACCGCAAGUUCAGUCUGGGCUCGUUCUUCGGCUACCGCGGCGCGUCGCACAAGACACCAGCUAACUGCAACGAGGUGGUCCUCGAUAUGGGCAGCGAUUACAGCUGGAGUGACACUACCUCCACAUCUUCAAGCAGUGACUCGGAGUCUUUGCCUCGCACGCCAAUGUUCGAAGAGUUCGUUGAGAACAGCUCGCGAAGAGGUCGUGCCAGCAGUUCGAGUCACAGCAGUGUCUCUCCAAUCAGAGGUAGCGGUGGUGACUGGGAGGUAAUGAUGCUGGCAGACGAGUUGGAAAAGCGAGAGAGGGAAAAGGAGAGGGAUGAUGUAAGGAGACACCACUUCCCAUCCACGCUUCGGGAGGAGGAGGAAUCCGACACGCUCCAAAGAGAUGACAGCGCGGACGAAUUCUCCAACAUCGAAGACUCCAACUCCUCAUCCACCACGCACCUUCUCUCUCAGUCCAUCAGCGACCCCUCACAGCGGUCCAUGGAGACCUCCUUCACGGAAGCCAGCAGUAGAUCUGGGAGGGAAACCAGGCAGCAGCGGGGUGGAUCUCUGGUGGAACAGAGUCGUCCAGAUUUAACUCUUCGCCAGUCAAGAGGGCUGAUCCUCCGAGCCGCCAGCCUCGACCGGGAAACCACUCCUGCACCCUCCCAAACUCGCCGGUUCGGAUCCCUGAAGAGCUCAUCCACCGAUUCUCAUAAGAGGCUCUGAUCCACUCACACUCACGGGCCAACUCACAGGCCCGAUGGUCACAAAAGUAUAGUUAAUAACUCCAAAUCAGUCGAGCCAAGACUGACCACUAUAUCGCGUGAUUUUGAAAAUCAUCUAGACGAUCAGUAUAGUCGCAUUAAAGGCGAAGAGCCAUCUUGUAGCGUAGAGGAUACUAUCAAAAAUAAUCGUAAGAAAUCGAAAUACUCUUUUAGUUUAAGUAAUGAUAAUUGUUUAGAGAGAAAUGUUGAGGACAGUCUGAGAAGAGAAGAAAUACAUCAAGGGUUAAGUGGAGAUAAAAGUAAGGAAAUUAGAUGUGACAGAAGAGAAGUUACGAUCAAUAGUAAUAAAAAACAACAUCUAAAACGUGAUGUUUUGCUUAAUCCAUAUGAAAAGAAUAAAAGAAAUUGUGACAGUGGCUCAAGUCUUAAUACUUAUUCUUUCAAUAUGAACAGGGAUUAUAAACAUUUGGUCCAAGCUAACAAAAGUAAUAAUUUGCAGCCAGAAUCUAGCAAUAUUUCGACUAAUAGAGGACAUGUUAAAAUACAAUCGUUUAAAGAACCAAAAUCUUAUAAUAAUGAUCCUACCCCACCUUGUCAUAGCGAACGUACUAGACAAAGAAAACUCGGUAAAUUUAAAGUCCAUGUAAAGAAUCAAAGAUCUGAAAGUGAUGAAAAUCGUGAACGCAGACCAAAUGCAAUGAAUAGAAGGGAUUCUAUCGUUAGUGAUUAUGAAAUUGAUAAUAACGGACAAGAUUUGAGGGUUGUAAGUAACGAAAGAAAUGGUAAUAUAACUUCCAACGCUGGGAAUUUGGGUGUGGGUCAAUUAUCAAUGGUGAUCAUUUUGUUCUACGAAGAAACGUCGUACAUAAUAUUUGUUACGUUUGUAGAAUAGCUCACUGGAUACUUAUUUUUAAU